UUUUUCAUUUCAUUUCGUUCACUUUCCCGCGGUGACUUCAGUUCACUUACUUCGUUUAGUACGAUAUCUGCGUAAUUAUCCAUUAUUUGCUUAGUAGAAAAUUGCCAAGGAUAGUGUAAUUUUUAUUUUUAAAAUAAUUUCCGUGUGAAUUGCAUGGGAACUAUAUUCGUCUUUUGAAAUGAGGCAAUAUUUCGAAAAAAUUAUGCCAAAUUUAAACUUUACGUGAUUGACUCUACUUGUAUUCUUCUACAAUGGAUUUUACGAAAAAAUACGACAAUCCCAACCCGGAGGUUUCAGCAAACCCCAUUUCGAAAUUACUGUAUUGGUGGUUAUUUCGAUUAUUUUAUAAUGGCUAUAAGAAGGACAUAGAAGCAAAGGACCUGUAUAGUAUUAACAAGUGUGAUUAUUCCGAAAAAUUGGGAAACAUCAUGGAAAGAAAUUGGCAAGAAGAGUGUUCCAAAGCGAAAUCAGAAGACAGACAACCUCAAUUCAUACGUGUGAUUAAGAAGACGUUUAUAAAACCGUAUUCGCUCUAUGGGAUAGAAUUGUUUCUUUUGUGCAUUAUUUUAAAAAUGCUACAACCGAUAGUAUUAGCAAAGUACAUUAAAUAUUUUGAUGCGUCGCGUAGCAAUUCUGUUACGGAAGGAUGGCUAUUAGCGUCGGCACUUAUUGCAAUGACUCUAUUGGAAGUUACUGUAAUGCACCACGCGUCAUUGGGACAAACGCGUCUUGGUAUGCAAUGCAGAAUUGGUACUUGUUCCUUAAUUUAUCGUAAGUUACUUCGAUUAAAUAAAGCUUCAACUGCUAACACUGCUGCCGGUCAAAUAGUUAACUUGCUAUCAAACGAUGUGCUAAGAUUUGAUUUGGCGCCAUUUUACUUACAUUAUUUAUGGAUUAUGCCUAUACAGACAAUUGUUGCGGCAUUUAUCGUUUAUGACAGUAUUGGUUACGCUACGUUUGCCGGGUUUGCGGCAUUAAUCAUACAAGCAAUUCCUUUGCAAGGUUACUUAUCAUAUUUACAAGGAAAACUAAGACUGAAAAUAGCUAAUAGAACAGAUCAGCGAGUACAACUAAUGAAUGAGAUUACAAACGGUAUUCAAGUUAUUAAAAUGUAUGCGUGGGAAAAACCCUUUGAGGAAAUGGUGAAACAAGCCAGAAAGAGAGAAAUCGAUAUAAUUGGCCUUACGUCUUACAUUCGUGGCCUUUUAGUAUCUGUGAUGAUGUACACUGAGAAAUUGACUUUUUAUUUAACCAUUGUCACAUACGUUCUGCUUGGAAACUCACUAUCUGGUGAUAAAGUGUUCUCCAUAGCACAACUUUUCAGUACCAUUGAGCUAUAUAUGGCAGUCUUCUAUCCAAUAGCAGUCUCUUUUUAUGCUGAAGCAAAAAUAUCUGUGAGCAGGAUAGAAAAAUUUUUAAUCCAAGAAGAAGUGGAUAUGCCACAAUCAAUGGAAGCCAUAACCCUGCCUAAAGAUCCCGCAAAACUAGGAAUGAUUAAGAUUCACCAGGGGAAGGCUAGCUGGGUUCCCAAUCCCAUCAUAUACACCCUUACUAACAUUAACUUAAAUUUGAAACCAGGGUCACUAUGCGCGGUUGUCGGCCAAGUUGGGUCAGGAAAAAGCUCAUUCCUGCAGUUGCUACUUAAAGAACUGCCACUUAUUAGUGGAGUUCUGGAAAUUAGCGGAGAAGUGUCGUACGCCUCCCAAGAACCUUGGCUUUUUGUAUCAACUGUACGAAAUAACAUUCUCUUUGGAACGCCUUACGUGAGACAAAGAUACAAAGAGAUCGUGAAAGUAUGUGCCUUAGAAAGAGACUUUGAAUUAUUUCCUAACGGUGACAAGACAUUAGUUGGUGAAAGAGGAAUUUCUUUAAGCGGCGGACAGAGGGCGCGUAUUAAUUUAGCGAGGUCAGUGUACAGAGAAGCCGAUAUUUACCUUUUUGAUGAUCCGCUAUCUGCUGUUGACACGCACGUUGCUAAACACCUGUUUGAGGAAUGUCUCUUAAAGUACUUAGCUAAUAAAACACGAAUUUUAGUAACUCACCAAUUGCAAUUUUUAAAAAAAGCAGAUCUCAUUGUGAUUUUGGAUAAUGGCCAAAUUAAAAACAUGGGCACCUAUGAAGAAUUGGCAGAGAAAGAAUUAGCCCACUUAAAACUUGACGCACCUGACGAGCAAGGGAAGGCUCCAGACGAUCGACCGCGUUUAAUGUCUAUUGUAUCUCAAGAGAGCAUACAGCAUGAUGACGAAACUGAUCCACAAGAAACUCAGGAAUUAGUCGAGAAAGGUGCCUUAUCAUCUUCAGUAUACUUAGCUUAUAUACGAGCAGGAGGGCCUAUUGUACUUUUGGGGUUCUUUGUUAUUAUGUUUAUUUUAGCUCACAUUGUUUAUAUGGGUUGUGAUAUUUGGCUGAGAUAUUGGACAAACGAAGAAGAACAGAAUAAGUUACCUGACCCAAUAACAAUAUCGCCAAUUUUUUUAAAUGAUCAAAAUUUGACAUUCUUGGAAAGCACUACAAUAAAUUACGAGAUAAAUUACAAUGAUACAUUCCACGAAACAACUCCGUACAGCUUACAGACCCAAUAUAGGUACAUUUAUAUAUACACGGGAUUAAUUUUACUUACAAUUUUCUUAACUAUUCUUCGAUCUAUGCUGUUUUUUAAAAUAUGCAUGAAUGCAUCGAAAGGCUUACAUAACACUAUGUUCGGCAAUGUUUUAAAAGCAACCAUGAGAUUUUUUGACACGAAUCCUUCAGGUCGUAUUUUGAAUCGCUUCUCAAAAGAUAUGGGAGCGAUUGAUGAAAUACUGCCAAAGGCCCUAAUAGAUGCCAUACAAAUAUUUGCUGUAAUGUUUGGCAUAGUUGCCUUGGUAUUUCUUGUGACUCCUUGGAUGGUAAUACCCACUGUAAUUCUUGCCGUUUUGUUUUAUUUUAUUAGGAAAGUGUACUUAUGUAGUGCUCAAAAUAUUAAGCGUUUGGAAGGAAUAACUCGUGCGCCUGCCUUUUCGCACAUUUCUGCUUCUUUCUCUGGACUAUCUACAAUUAGAUCUUCAAAACGACAAGCCAUUAUUAUUAAAGAAUUUGAUGUUCUGCAGGAUCAACACACAGCUGCCUGGUUCUUAUUUAUCUCCACCAGUGAAGCGUUUGGAUUUUAUUUAGAUGUCAUCAGCGUUAUCUUCUUGGCCAUACUAACAUUUCAAUUCAUAAUUUUUGAUGAUGGGACAACAUUAGCCGGUGAUGUCGGCCUGUUAAUUUCCCAAUCAUUAGCAUUAACUGGAAUGUUACAAUGGGGUAUAAGACAAACUGCUGAAGUGGCUAGCCAAAUGACGAGUGUGGAACGUAUUUUACAAUAUACUCGGUUAGAUAAGGAGGGUUCGUUUGACUCUUUACCCACAAAUAAACCGCCCAGAGAUUGGCCACAACAUGGACAAGUUAAAUUUCAAAAUGUGGUCCUGGAAUAUGUUCCUGGAGAAUCUGUACUCAAUAAUUUGAAUUUUGUUAUCAAUCCAGGAGAAAAGGUUGGGGUCGUGGGCCGGACAGGAGCUGGAAAGUCAUCAUUAAUUGCUGCAUUAUUUAGACUGGCACCAACCCAAGGACUUAUUAAAAUAGAUGAUGUAGAUAUAAGUGUGUUAGGGUUACAUGAUUUAAGAAGUAAGAUAUCAAUCAUUCCACAAGAGCCAGUAUUAUUUUCAGCGUCAGUUAGGCAUAAUCUCGAUCCUCUGAAUAAAUGUGAGGAUAAAGUUUUAUGGAAAUCACUUGAAGAUGUCGAAUUGAAACAAAUUGUCAGUAGUUUAGAUCAAGAGAUAAAGGAAGGUGGAACUAACUUCAGUAUUGGUCAGAGACAACUUUUUUGUUUAGCAAGAGCAAUCAUAAAAAAUAACAAGCUACUAAUCAUGGAUGAGGCUACCGCCAAUGUGGAUUUACAAACGGAUGCAUUCAUACAGCAGACCAUUAGGAAAAACUUCAAAAAUUGCACAGUAUUAACCAUAGCACAUAGGUUGAAUACAAUUAUGGAUUCCGAUAAAGUUCUGGUUAUGGAUGCAGGGCAAGCUGUUGAGUAUGGGCAGCCACACGAGUUGCUUAAAAGUUCCAAUGGCUACUUCACGAGGAUGGUGAAAGAGACGGGUCCAGCGACAGAAAAUAAAUUACGAGGUAUAGCGGAAGAGUACUUCAAGAAAGAUGGUACAAGUUAGAAGCAGCACGCCUUAGUAUUUAAUGUUUAAUAAAAUACACAGUGAAACCAAAGUUACAAUUAAAAUAUUUUUAAAUUAAACAAGA